AUGGCACACACCACUACUUCUGUUCAUCACCACAGAAGUACGACAAAAGUCGACCACAAACCGUUCAAAUCGCGGUUUGCCUCCAAGAGCGCCUUGAAGGAUCUAGCCAAAGGCAAAAUUGAGAGCCAGCGACCAGAGAGAGGGCAGAGAAAGACUCCCCACCAACAAGUCAUGUCGAAAUUGGCCAGACGUAACCAAGCGAAGCAACUGCGCAUGCACCACAAGGAUAAGAAAGAGGGAGAAGAGAUCAUAUUCCAAGGCGCCGAUGGAGCAGCAAAACACAUUGCAGUCGUGCCACUCUCCGCCGACAUCGACCCGUACUCGACCAUCAGAAUAUUGAAUGAAAGUGUCGAUGUUUCGGGCUCCAACGUCUCCUCCGGAACGGUCCCCGUUCGAGUCGAUCGCUUUCGCCGCCAUCUCCUCUAUUUACCAGCUAAGUUCGACCUGCUGAACGCCCUGGACAUGUGCAAGCUCGCGGACUGGGUGAUUUUCGUUCUAGACGCGGAGCAAAAGUACGGCGAAGAGGAGGACUUAUUUCUGAGAUCGCUUGAAGGCCAAGGCAUCACCAAUGUCACUGCUGUCGUGAAUAAUCUGGAUCAAAAAGUACCAGGGCCCAAGAAGAUGCGACAUCUGACAGAGAUGAACAUCGCUCUGGGUCGUUAUUUCCCCGCCCUUGACAAAUUGUCCAGCUUGGACAGUAAAUCAGAUUGCACCAACCUGGUUCGCCGACUUUGCACCGCUUCGACGCGAGGAAUCCGCUGGCGGGAUGACAGGAGCUGGAUGCUGAUUGAGCAAGCCAAUUGGGGUCAACAAGUGGAUGAAGCGGCAAGCACCACCAGCGUGACGCUAAUCGGGACGAUUCGAGGGAAAGCAUUGAUUCUGGAUCGCCUGGUCCAUGUCCCAGGCUGGGGAGACUUUCAGAUUUCUUUGGUCCGACAGGUGCCCCGCCAAGGGCAAAAGAGGAAGGCAGAAGAGAUGGACGCAGAUGAGCCUGUCAAGGAAUGGAAACCCACCGCGGACCAGGACGAUCUUGCAGAAUUGGCGCCUGAGCAGGCGGAAAUGCAGGAUUUGGCGAGUAGUGUGGCUACCACCGAGCACAAAGGCGUCCUACUCGAUGAUCAUCACUAUUUCUCUGACGACAACUCCCACAUGCCUCCUCCGCCCAAGAAGCUACCCCCGGGGACUUCCAACUACCAAGCAGCCUGGUUCCUGGAUGACGUCUCAGACUCGGAAUCCGACAUGACCGAUGACGAAGAUCGGGAUGGAGACGUGGCGAUGGACGCCGGGCAAGGGUCGCUAGACACUGAAAACGGUGGCGGAAUGGUCCUCACCAACGCAGAAGACGGCGGAAGCGUUAUCGAAACGAAACCACCUUCCGAAUAUCCCCAGUCUGAAAUGAACAUCGACAACGACGACAAUGAUGAUGCCCCACUCGAAGCCGAAGAAGAAGCGCGCCAACUCGAAGAAUUCCGCGCCAGUCGCAGGAAGAAGGAAGCCGAAGAAGACCUCGAGUUCCCGGAUGAAAUCGAACUGCACCCGGACGUCCUCGCUCGCGAGAGACUCGCGAAAUACCGCGGCUUGAAGAGCCUGAGGACAAGCGAGUGGAACCACGCCGAGGACGCCCCCUACGAGCCAGCAGAGUACAAGCGCCUGCUGCAAGUGCCGGAGUACAGGAAGUCGUACAACAGCGUGAUGAAAGAGUCCCUGGCGGGAGACGUGCUGGCCGGCACGAAAGUCGAGAUCGAGCUGCGCGACGUGCCGAUUUUACUGCAAUCGAGUGCUCCGCAGCCGUCGUCCAUGUUCUCGCUCCUCAGACACGAACAUAAGCAUGCCGUCAUCAAUCUCAACGUGACACUGCGCUCAGACCUCGAAGAGCCGAUCAAAUCCAAGGACGAACUGAUCGUCCAGAUCGGCCAUCGCCGACUGCUCGUCAACCCGGUCUUCUCAGGAGCAGGCCAGACGCCGAACGAUGUGCACAAAUUCGACCGCUUCUUGCACCCGGGGCGGACCGCCAUCGCGACAUUCAUAGGUCCGCUGACAUGGGGCUCUGUUCCUGUGCUCGUCUUCCAACGUCGCUCACCUCACCUGUCACCAGACACAGCAGCAGCGCCAGCGCUAAUCGACUCACGAUCCAACACCCUAGUAUCCUCUACACCAUCCCAAUCAGCACUCCGCCUAAUCGGUACCGCGACGACGCUCCCACCAUCCUCGACACGCGUGGUCGCCAAGCGCGUUGUAUUGACGGGCCACCCUUACAAGAUCCACAAGAAGCUGGUGACGGUGCGGUACAUGUUCUUCAACCGGGCGGACGUGCUGUGGUUCGCGGCCCUGCCGCUCUUCACCAAGCGGGGGCGCCAGGGUUUCGUCAAGGAGCCACUCGGCACACACGGGUACUUCAAGGCCACGUUUGACGGGCACAUUGGGCCGCUCGACGCCGUCGCCGUCGCGCUGUAUAAGAGGGUGUGGCCGCGGCCGGCGCGCGUGUGGGAAGGGUGA